AUGACAACAGCACCAUAUAGCGAUGAGGAUUGGACGCUUUUCGUGAAGAAACUAGAAAAGGAGAUUAUUUGGGGUGUGAAAAGAAAAUGGUUGACGGGAACCGAUCUCGAGGGACUGCACAGGUCUUUCCAAGCUACCGUUACAUCAGAGGCCAAUGCGUCUCCACAUAUCAUACAUAAAACCUUCCUCUUGGUCACUUCCGAGGUCAUGUCAUCUUUCGUCGAUGCUGGCACCUCCGAUUACGCCUCUCCUGCCUGGAUCUGGGCCUAUGAAGCUUCCACCAAAGAUUCACUCGCUCUUGUUCCUGCUCUUACGCCUGCCACGCACGCUCUACAACCAGUUGCAGAAACUCGAUACGAAGGCAGACUCAAAGUAUCUGCCUACUCACUAUUCACUUGGUUCUAUGCGGCGCGGGCGGAAGAUAUUUACAGCAUGAAACUGUUUUGGGAAAAGGCUCAACAGCAUCCUGCGGGAGUCUGGGAGAUAGAGACGUCUAUGGGAAGGUAUCAUCAUCCGCUUGUACUGACAGACAAGUUUGCGGAGUAUCUCUUUAACACGUAUGAGUUGGAUGAUCGGCGGUAA